CUGGACACGUCCACCAUCUACGGGGACUGGGGCUGGCUCACGUAUCCGGCUCACGGGUGGGACUCCAUCAACGAGGUGGACGAGUCCUUCCGGCCCAUCCACACCUACCAGGUGUGCAACGUGAUGAGCCCCAACCAGAACAACUGGCUGCGCACCAGCUGGGUGCCCCGGGAUGGUGCCCGGCGUGUCUACGCCGAGAUCAAGUUCACCCUGCGGGACUGCAACAGCAUGCCCGGCGUGUUGGGCACCUGCAAGGAGACCUUCAACCUGCACUACCUGGAGUCGGACCGAGACCUGGGCGCCAGCACACAGGAGAGCCAGUUCCUCAAAAUCGACACCAUUGCCGCCGACGAGAGCUUCACGGGCGCGGACCUGGGGGUGCGGCGCCUCAAGCUUAACACGGAGGUGCGUGGCGUGGGCCCGCUCAGCAAGCGUGGCUUCUACCUGGCCUUCCAGGACAUCGGCGCCUGCCUCGCCAUCCUCUCCCUCCGCAUCUACUACAAGAAGUGCCCGGCCAUGGUGCGCAACCUGGCGGCCUUCUCGGAAGCUGUGACCGGGGCGGACUCGUCCUCGCUGGUGGAGGUGCGGGGCCAGUGCGUGCGGCACUCCGAGGAGCGGGACACGCCCAAGAUGUACUGCAGCGCCGAGGGCGAGUGGCUCGUGCCCAUCGGCAAGUGCGUGUGCAGCGCCGGCUAUGAGGAGCGCCGAGAUGCCUGUGUGGCCUGUGAGCUGGGCUUCUACAAGUCAGCUCCUGGGGACCAGCUGUGCGCCCGCUGUCCCCCCCACAGCCACUCCGCAGCCCCUGCAGCCCAGGCCUGCCGCUGUGACCUCAGCUACUACCGUGCAGCCCUGGACCCGCCGUCCUCCGCCUGCACUCGGCCGCCCUCAGCCCCGAUGAAUCUGAUCUCCAGCGUGAACGGCACUUCAGUGACCCUCGAGUGGGCCCCCCCACUGGACCCCGGCGGCCGCAGUGACAUUACCUACAAUGCUGUGUGCCGCCGCUGCCCCUGGGCACUGGACCACUGCGAGGCCUGCGGAGGCGGCACCCGCUUUGUGCCCCAGCAGACCAGCCUGGUGCAGGCCAGCCUGCUGGUAGCCAACCUGCUGGCCCACAUGAACUACUCCUUCUGGAUUGAGGCAGUCAAUGGUGUGUCCAACCUGAGCCCGGAGCCCCACCGGGCCGCCGUGGUCAACAUCACCACGAACCAGGCAGCGCCUUCCCCUGUGGUGGUGAUCCGCCAGGAGCGCGCCGGCCAGACCAGCGUCUCGCUGCUGUGGCAGGAGCCAGAGCAGCCCAAUGGCAUCAUCCUUGAGUAUGAGAUCAAGUACUACGAGAAGGACAAGGAGAUGCAGAGCUACUCCACCCUCAAGGCCGUCACCACCAGGGCCACCGUCUCAGGCCUCAAGCCGGGCACCCGUUACGUGUUCCAGGUCCGAGCCCGCACCUCCGCGGGCUGCGGCCGCUUCAGCCAGGCCAUGGAGGUGGAGACGGGGAAACCCCGGCCCCGUUACGACACGCGGACCAUCGUCUGGAUCUGCCUGACGCUCAUCACAGGCCUGGUGGUGCUUCUGCUCCUGCUCGUCUGCAAGAAGCGGCACUGCGGUUACAGCAAGGCUUUCCAGGACUCGGACGAGGAAAAGAUGCAUUACCAGAAUGGGCAGGCGCCCCCACCUGUCUUCCUGCCCCUACACCACCCCCCGGGGAAGUUCCCGGAGCCCCAGUUCUAUGCAGAACCCCACACCUACGAGGAGCCGGGCCGGGCCGGCCGUGGCUUCACCCGGGAGAUCGAGGCCUCCAGGAUCCACAUAGAGAAAAUCAUUGGCUCUGGAGAAUCUGGGGAAGUCUGCUAUGGGCGGCUGCGGGUGCCAGGGCAGCGGGACAUGCCGGUGGCCAUAAAGGCCCUCAAAGCUGGCUACACGGAGCGACAGCGGCGGGACUUCCUGAGUGAGGCAUCCAUCAUGGGCCAGUUCGACCACCCCAACAUCAUCCGCCUGGAGGGUGUCGUCACCCGUGGCCGCCUGGCAAUGAUCGUGACUGAGUACCUGGAGAAUGGUUCUCUGGACGCCUUCCUAAGGACUCACGAUGGGCAGCUCACCAUCAUGCAGCUGGUGGGCAUGCUAAGAGGCGUGGGCGCCGGCAUGCGCUACCUCUCGGACCUGGGCUAUGUUCACCGCGACCUGGCCGCCCGCAACGUCCUGGUCGAUGGCAACCUGGUCUGCAAGGUGUCUGACUUUGGGCUGUCCCGGGUGCUGGAGGAUGACCCUGAUGCCGCCUACACCACCUCGGGAGGGAAGAUCCCCAUCCGCUGGACGGCGCCCGAGGCCAUCGCCUUCCGGACCUUCUCCUGGGCCAGUGACGUGUGGAGCUUUGGCGUGGUCAUGUGGGAGGUGCUGGCCUACGGGGAGAGGCCCUACUGGAACAUGACCAACUGGGACGUCAUCAGCUCUGUGGAGGAGGGGUACCGCCUGCCUGCACCCAUGGGCUGCCCCCGCGCCCUGCACCAGCUCAUGCUUGACUGUUGGCACAAGGACCGGGUGCAGCGCCCUCGAUUCCCCCAGAUCGUCAGUGUCCUGGAUGCGCUGAUCCGGAGCCCCGAGAGUCUCAGGGUCACGGCCACUGUCAGCAGGUGCCCACCCCCUGCCUUUGCCCGAAGUUGCUUUGACCUCCGUGGGGGUGGCGGCGGGGACCUCACCGUUGGGGACUGGCUGGACUCCAUCCGCAUGGGCCGCUACCGUGACCACUUCGCUGCUGGUGGCUACUCCUCCCUGGGCAUGGUGCUGCGCAUGAAUGCUCAGGACGUGCGUGCGCUGGGCAUCACCCUCAUGGGCCACCAGAGGAAGAUCUUGGGCAGCAUCCAGACCAUGAGGGCCCAGAUGAGCAGCACCCAGGGGCCCCACCGGCACCUCUGAGCCUCGGUCUCGGAGCCUGGGCAGCGACCCAGCCAGCCCAGGUCACCGUCGCCAUCAAUAGACUUGCAGGUCGAACAGCAGUCAGGGUGUCCCCAGGCCUCCCCCCCCCACUCCCUGGCUGCCAUCCCCCCAGGCACCAGGACUCAGAAGAGUAGCUGCAGUGACCGAGGUCAGCCAUGCCCUUCAGGACCAGGACCCCCACCUCCCUGGGGCAGAGGGCUCUCCCUUCCCCGAGCAGGGCCUGCACACCACUGGGCUCACCUAUGUGUGAGAGAGAGACAGACAGACAAACAGAUGGCAACAUCACACAAGUGCUCUGGGGUAUUCUCGCUCGUGUGUGUGUGUGUGUGUGUGUGUGUGUGUGUGUGUGUGUCAGGCCCCCGGGUGGGUGGCUGCAUGUUCUGAUGCAUGUCCUUAUCCACUGAGGCUGGGGCACAUGUGCAUGAUGUGGGUGACGUGUCAGGUCACAGGCGUGUGAGAGGCAGCUCAGAGGGACACUGCCAUCCUCAUGAGCCCAGUUCCCACCUCCCAGGGGACUGGGGAGAGGUCCUGCCCAGCUCUCUCCUUGCCUGGAGGCAAGGCAGCUGCCACUUCUGAACGGCACCAGCACCAGGCCUGCCUGUCUCCCUGCCCGGGCCAGCCUGUCCGGUGGUAUCUCAGGUCCAGGCCCUCCCUCCAGCUGGGGGACCACCUGCAGCCUCGCUGCUUCAACAGGAAAACAGGGUUUGGAACCAGCCCCACUUGGGUGGGCAUCCCUGCAGAGCCCAGGAGACCCCUUGGCUGGACCUGGCUGCCUGUCCAGGGCCCGGGGUCCCAACUGCACCCCUUCUUAGGGCCCCCAGAGGCUUUUGUCUCUGAUGCCCCCCACCCCCCAAGGCUCCUCCCUUGGAUGUCCCUCUGCUGCCCCCUCCACUUCCCAGUCCUGGCCUGCUCCUCUGCCCCAUGAUCAGCAUCAGGGACCACGAGCUCCCAGCCUCUGCAGCCCCAGUUCACUGAGUGGGGAGCCGGAGGUGUGCCUUGUCCAAGGUCACACAGCACCUCCAUCUCAGUGCCCAGGCCUCCUGCUUCUAGCCCAGGCUUCUCCCCCCACCCUCCCCCGCCACACCAUACCCAUGUGGACAGCUGAAGGUGGGCAGGGGCUUAGGAAGCCCCUUCCCCUCUUAGAGCCUGAAACCUACCCCCCUACCACCCAUGGCCCUCCAGGGUAUGUAAAUAAGCGUUUUUCUACCACGUCAGAGUUUUUUCCUCACUCCUGACAAUGCAAAAAUGGUCUUCAAAGCACAUUCGCCACCCUGGGUGAGAAAGCCUCAUCCCAGGGGGACAUUCGGCGGGCAGGGCGCAAGGACCCCCACCUGGCAGGAUGCCCUGUGCCUGCCGCCAGCCCCAGAGGGAGACGCAGGCCCAGCCCCCAGCCCAUGGCCACCCCUCCCCAGUAGCCAGUACAGCUGUCCCGAGGAGCCACCAGCACUGAGCCCCCUCUCCCUCUUGCAAUAAUUUGGGGAACCUCAGCCCCGCCCAGGUGCCGUGGCCAGCUCUCUGCACCUCUAUAUAUUAUAUUACUAUAUAGCCGGGUUGUUCUUCCUUCCUAUGGAAGUCGGAAACAUGGUCAGGACUCAAUGUGGGGGGGGCCUUGUCUCCCCUCCACCCCAUUCUCAUCUGGUUCCUGGGCUCUGGAUCCUCACCUUCAGGGGUCACAGAGGGGGGGGGGCUUGGCACCUCCCCCUCCCCCACAUGAGGUCCUCUCGGGGUCCCAGGGAUCUGUCUCUCUGUGGCUCCGUCCUGAGUCUCGAACUUGCCCACAACGAGAAUAAAGUCUGCCUCAUCUUU